GGCCUGCUGCCUUACAUGGGCAAACCUCUCAACUCCCUGAGACGGCUGGAAUUUCAGAGCGUGACGUCACUGCCUACAACUCUCCCAGAAUUUGGAUCAAGAAGUUUCACUUUUUUUGGUGGGAUUUGAACCUCUGUUAGGUUUCCUAGAAAGCGAGGUAAGCGAAACUACCGAGCACUCUCCCGGCGCUUCAGAGAUACCUGCGACUAUCGGCUGUGUUUGACCCGCUGUGACUGAAGCAGAUUUCAACAUACAGUAAAGGGCAUCGCUUCAACAGUCUUCCAGGAAUCCCGUACAUCCAGAGAGGAGAAAAGGUGUCUGAUCCUGUCGUCCCCACCAUCGCUUAGUGUUAAAAUUUGGAACCAUGUGGAACCCAACUAACGACCAGACGGGACAAGUGACCGCCAGGAUGGAGACCACUCCGUCUUUGGGUAGUGCGAGCAUCUCCGUGUCCCAGCAGCAGGCACCCAAGAAAUUUGCCCCUAUGGUUGCACCCAAGCCCAAGUUCAACCCUUACAAACAGGCAGGAGAUCCCGCCCUCUCUGAUACUGCAGCGGACUACCCUCCCCCUCCACCACCUGCGGAAGAGUCAACCGGUUUCCCCCCAUCCUCUGGUUCCUUCCCUCCUCCUCCACCGGUGAACUCGUAUGAUUUUCAGAUGAAAGGACCAGAGAAGACCCUGGAGGAGAGACGCUCCAGUCUGGAUGCUGAGAUCGACUCCCUCACCAGCAUCCUGGCAGACCUGGAGAGCAGCUCGCCCUACAAGCCACGGAUCACACAAAACUCGGGAUCCUCUGCAACCUCGACCCCCAGUGCUCCAGUGACUGGUUACAAGCGCAUGGUCAUUCCAACGCAGCCACCUCUGACUGCCACCAAAAAGUCUACGCCCAAACCUCAGGCUCCUGGGGGAGUCUCGUCUGUCCCCCCUUCUUCUGCCAGCCCCGUGGCCAAGCCUCAAAGCCACACAGCUCCUCAGCCUGUCCCGGCCUCUUAUGCUACAGCUUCAACCCCGAGCCAGCCCACCUUCAAUGUCCAGGUGAGGUCAGCCCAGCCUGGCCCCCAGCAUCAAGCCCCAAUGGGGCACAAUUUUGGCCAGCAGCCCAUUCGCAGCCCUGCGCAGGUGCAGUACAUGCCUGCCCAGCCCAAAGGUCCCGACUUUGCCUACGGACCACCACAGCCUGGCUUCUCCCAGAUGGCUCAGGGUGCAUACCCAGAGCAGUACCAUCCAGGAGGACCACAAGUCGGUGGCUCCAGGAGACCUGAGCAAGCCCCCGCCCAAGCAUACCAACCUCCAGGCCCCAAAAAGACCUACAUCACAGAUGUCCCGCCAAGCUUGGCUCCCUACACCGCUGGACCAGCUGUUCCAGCAAAGGGCGGUGCACCCAUGGCCCACCCUGAGGACGAGCUGGAGCGCCUGACCAAGAAGAUGCUGUUUGACAUGGACCACCCACCAUCUGAGGAAUAUUUUGGGCGCUGUGCCAGCUGUGGGGAGAACGUGGUGGGUGAAGGCACCGGCUGCACCGCCAUGGACCAGGUCUUCCAUGUCGACUGCUUCGUCUGCAUGACCUGCAGCACCAAGCUGCGUGGCAAGCCUUUCUACGCUGUGGAGAAGAAGGCGUACUGUGAGCCUUGCUAUAUUAACACCCUUGAGACCUGCACCAUCUGCAGUAAGCCCAUCAUGGAGCGCAUCCUGCGGGCUACAGGGAAAGCCUACCACCCUCACUGCUUCACCUGUGUGGUGUGCCACCGCAGCCUGGACGGCAUCCCUUUCACUGUGGACGCGUCCAACCACAUCCACUGCAUCGAGGACUUUCACAAGAAGUUUGCUCCACGCUGCUGUGUGUGCUCUGAGCCUAUAAUGCCAGCACCGGGCCAGGAGGAGACCGUCCGUAUUGUGGCCCUGGACCGCGACUUCCACGUGCAGUGUUACCGCUGUGAGGACUGUGGCUCCCUGCUCUCAGAGGGGGAUAACCAGGGCUGCUACCCUCUGGACGGACACGUCCUCUGCAAAAACUGUAACACCAGCCGCAUCCAGGACCUCACCGCCAAGGCCACCACUGACCUCUGAACAACCCACCGCCUGGUCACCUCCACUGUGAUAACCCAACGCUCGCUCUGUCUCUCUUUGUCUCUCCCUCUCUCUCUCUUUCUCUCUUUCUUUCUUUCUCUCGCAAACAUACCAACCCACAGAAGCUUGCAUUCCUCAGCAUAAAUAUAUAUCCCUCUAUAUAUACUCACUUUCAGUAAACAUAGCAUCACGUGUUCACCUGCAUACAUGUAUCUAUUGACUCGGUACAAUCACAGCAGAGGAGGCUGUGUGUUUUUAACUGUGCUGUUAAAGGAAUAGCUUAACAGUUUGGGAAAUAUGCUCAUAUGCUUUCUAACUGAGAGUUACGUGAGAGGAUCGAUGCCACUUUCAUGUCCGUACACUAAAUAUGAAGCUACAGUCAGCAGGCGGAUAGCUUAGCUUAGCAUAAUAACAGCUAGCGAGGCUCUGUUAUUAUGCUCACUAAUUAACAUGUUGUACCUCACAGUUUUACGGCUGCUUCUAGGCAAGAAAUACUCCACUACAUUCUUAGAGCUUUGUUUCUGUACAUAUUUUAAUAAUGAGAUAAAACGUGUUACCUAGAGAGCUUCAGAGGCGCUGGUAGGUGGUUUUUGUUACCACUGAUAGAGUCGGACUUGCUGUGUUCAGUCUUUAUAUUAAGCUAGCUUUAAAGGAAUACUUCACUCCCCCCAGCUGACUAUUUGUGCAUCAGUUAUUUGUCUUGCAUUAUGUUAAAUGCUUAAAGAAAACGUAACUUCUCGCAUCCCAAGAUGACAAAAAUCGUAAUUUUACCUUGCAGAACACAGGAGCUGCUGGUCUGUAAAAUGGGAUGAGUAAUUAAUAUGCAAAUGGUCAUUUAGGGGGUGAAAUAUUGUAAUAUUAUAAAAGAAGUUUGAAUUUAUUUCGGUCUGCAAAUAGAAAUAAGAGCGUCAUUUUUAAUCUGCAAUUUCAUGUAAAUAAAGUCGCAGCCUCUCACAGAAAAUGGCAGAUACUUAAAUAUUACAGGGCAAAACAUUACAAUAAAGUAAUUUAAUAUAACUUGGACACUACACCGACCCUUUUAAACAGCACAUCAUAUUUAGCAGUCAACAACACAACAAACUAAAACAGGCAAGGGCAAAAAAGUGGCUUCAUAUUUCAAGCAUAUUUCCCAAAAUGUGAAACUAUUGCUGAAAUCACUUCAAACCCACCAGUUAACCGUUACAAUAUACGUCAUCACUCAGUUAUUAUCUCAUAUCAUAAUCACCUUAAACCGGCAUGUUCUAGCCAGGGUGCGCAUGUAUGCAUGCACGCCCACAUUUUUCUGACUCCACCGAAACAUGCAAAAUGUUUGACACACCUGCCCUGCAGGUGAAGACGAAUGGAUGGACGUGUGUCUGUAGCUUUAUCAGUAUUUACAGUAAGCUGCAGAGAACACUUCUUUUAUUCUUUAGUGUUUGUUACACUGCAAACCCACAGGCGGUACACGAAUAGGGAUCACAUUACACACUGAAGCUCAUUAUUGCAACACAGUUCUGCAUAACUUGAACACCAAAGAAUUGAAUUUAAGCUGCCAUAUUUGCUGUGUUUUGUACGCAACUAUAUUAAACUUACAUUUUAUCGAUCGGGACCACAGGAGUCACACAUGGUAAUUCUCAGUGUCAAAGAGAAAAUCCUCAGUAGGCAGCUGUUGAAUGCAAUUCCCUUUUUGACAUAAUAUUUUCUUUGUUCUUUCCAAGCAAAUUUGCUUUUAUGUAUAAAUAAUUUUCUGUUGGCCUGAACAGUACAAUCACGGCUCUGCAUUCAUACAGAUACGGCCCUAUGUUUGAGUAUAUCAUCUUUGAGCAGAUAAACAUGUAACUUCUCUCAUUCACAGCGACAUAUUUUAGAUUAGUGAUUGCAGUCUGGUAGAGGUAACGGAUUAGAGAUGGCUAUGCAAUUUUUGAUGUUAAUUGCAUCGACACUUUAUAAGAAAUUUUAUGAAUAAGGAAAUAUUUUACCUGUACAGAUUCAAGCAUAAGUGUCCUUAUAGUAAUCCUUUAAUCAGAACUAUGCUGUUGGUACUGUGUGCCUGUGUGUGUCACUGUGCUGUGUGUCAGUAUUGAUUGUACCAUUCAGACUUGUCUUUUAUAUUUAGUGUUUGUUUAAGGUUGAUGGGCGAAGAAGGGACCAUGAGAGUUUCCCAGAAAUGACUGAUUUUAUUAUUUGUUCCAUCCAACAAUCACGGUCAGCCGACCAGAAGUUUGACUGUUUGAUCUGCUUAGUUAUAAUUACAAGAGUAAUACGAUAAUGAUGAGUUAAAGGUACCCUGUGGAGUUUUUGACCACUAGUAGCGCUGUGGAGCGAUGAUUUUAUAAUGGGGUCCACAUUUAGUUUGAAUCUUGCACGCACCCAUUCAUCCGUGUGCUGACACCCUCCAUACAAGACUUAGGGCACAAAUGUAGGCAAGUCUCGCCUGCCGGGGCAAUAUUUGUGUAGAAAGUGACACAUGCGGAAAGCUGACUUGCUAGCUAACGUUAGCUAGCUUGCUAAUAAAUAUCAAAAUAUGAUGUCACCGGUACAUUCCCCAUUUUCUUACGUUCCAUGUCUGUCUCCUAACUCACUGUCAGCCAGGCAGCAUCUCACGUGGAGCAGUUUUUAUUUUUCAUGGCCAGUAUCAUAACAAUAUCGGCUGGUUAGACACGGCAACAAUCAGUGUCCACACAUCUAUUUUUGCUUCUGGUUGAGGCUGUGCUGGUCAGAGUUCACCAGAAUUCAUUGCCACUGCAUAUUUGCUUUGCCGCCGGAUGCAAAUGUCACAUUUAAUGGAGGUGAACAGGAAGCAAAUAUUCACCAAUGUUAAUUUCACGCACCACCACAACAUGAUGCAUGGCAACUACAAAGGGACAUUGAAUGACCACAGACACAGACUUCAUCUUGAAAACUAAGUUAUGUGGCUCUUUCAGUUGAGGUCGUGCUUCUUAAAGGUGUGGGGGCCCUUUUACAUGUCUGUGUCCAAGGGCCAAUUGUGUCAUAACCUGCCCAUGCCUCUAGCAGGUGACGUGAUACAUGUGUUUCACUGGUGGUUCGACGUUAGUUUGCUAAUCAACAGUUGGUGGAAGUAACACUCCAAGCUGCGAAGCUAUGCUAGCAGGGAUUUAAACCAAACAGCAACCUUUGGGGCUGAAAAAUGAAGCCAAUGGGAAAGCGUCAAAAGCUGCAGUUCUUUGAAUGGCCAGUGGGGCUGGCUCCAACAGUGAGUCAAUCCCCCUAGACCUCCACGCUAAGAUGCCAUGACAAGUUGCACAUAAUUGAGUGACAGGCUGUCUGUCGAUAGUUUCCUGUGGCUCCACCUCUCGCUCCUCCACAGCUUCACUCUCUCAUCCAAACAUGGUCGCUUCUGGCUCCAAAAAAACAAGAUGGCGACGGCCAAAUUGCAAAACUUAAGGCUUCAAUACGUCCACAGACUAAUGAGUGAUGUCAUGAUGACGUUAUCCAUUAUUUUUAAACAGUCCAUGAUAUAAACAUUACCUGAUUUAAAAUAUACAAAUGUUUUCAUUUUGGGUCUUGAUUUGUUUACAAGAAAACUCCGCAGGGUGCCUUUAAACAACCAAGACGAUGGAGUCAGUCAGUACUGGUCUGCGUAUUUAUUAAUCGGAUCAGUCUACAGUAUUUCCUCAGCCCUGAUUACAGAUGUCUUGGGUAUGUGAAUGGAUAUGUUAUGAACAAAGCAAUCAGUUAUCAUUUUCAGAACAUUCUCUUUACUUGUCUUUAUAGUUUCCUCACAUGUUUAGUGUCUUUUGGAUAUCAGAAACAAACAUACUGUAUCUACUAUUAACAGUAAGUCCAGGUACAUCCGAGACAUUGUGAUCAAGUUUUAACCGGGGGAACACACUGUAAAUAACUGUGCUAAUAAGCCCAUUAAUAAUACAUUAACACAUUUGCUUGGGCACAAUUUCUACAUAAACACAUAGAAACCUUUUGACUAUUUAAAUGCUAAAGGAGUUUUUAAUAUUCCCUAAAAACACAGUAAAAACUCUGCACUGCCGGGCCAGUAGAAGGUUAGGCAACCUAAACUCUAUGUCCUCGGGAAUUUUUCCAUCAAUAUCUGGAGUGCAGUUCACUGGUCACACACAAAAACUGAAAGACAGCAAGACUUACAGAAAAAUGAAACUCAUAACCGACUCCUUGAGAGGAAAAUUGUGUCUUAAAUAGAUGUCAGAAAUGUCUCCGCAGAAUCACAAAACUUGAGCUGGGAACACAGUUUAGAGUCAUCUUGUAUUUUAUAUAAUCAGUAAUUAAUAAUAAAUAACUAUAAAUAGAUCAAGCUGUAGGAGAAGAUGCAUUUAAAUCUGUGCGUCUCCUAGUUACGGAAGACUUAUCUCUAAUACUUUAAAUAACUGCACAGUAUAUCAACAUGCUGGCCGUUUGACACUUGACUCAGUGAGCCGUCUGAUUACUGGUUGCAAGGCAACAAAGGACAGAACCUACACACUCCAUAGAGCGUCAUGUCACGUGUUGCUAGGUUUCACCUCACAGAGAUGUUGCUGGGGAUCCAGCUCAGUUAGCAUGUCACGUUGGCCAUCUGCGAGAGGUCAAUACUGGGCCCGCUGACCUGCUGGGAUAAUGAGGCAGCACCCAGGAUCUCACAUCUGGUGAUGGGAACACAAAUGAAGAUUUCAAAGGCGGAUAUUAAAUAAAAAACGUUCAGCUGAUGAAUUUAAAAACCUCGUCUGAACAGAAGUAGUACAGUGAUGCUCAUUUAAAAUUGUAAUUCAGGUAAUUUUCAUAGCCAAUUGUCUCUUAAAACAAUACAAGCUUUUAGUCAGUAAGUGGACCUUUGUGCUUUGCUUUUCUUUCUGAAGUCAAAAUGGUAUCCAUUAUUCAGAUCUGCCUCUGGUUCUUACUCUACAGGAAAACAUGUCACUGCAACACUGAAGCAAUAAGCAGUAGGAACUGUGCUUUCAGGCCUGACCAUAGCACAGAUGAAUCAGUCUGUGUUUAACUUAAUUGGUGACAGUGUGAGGAAGCAUACAGUAACUGUGAGCUACAAACAUUGUGUAAAAAUGUAGCUCACAACAGAAAGUGUGUGCUUUUACUGUAAGACCUGAGCAUGAUGUUUGGUGACUGAACCAGUUAACAAAACACUGGUUUAUUUUAUGGAACAUUUAAUACAGACAUCAAAUGCAACUGUAAACGCACAUUUAACACCUGUGUUAGAAGAUUUGCCAGUGUCAUACACCAGGGUCACUGUUAGAGUUUUAAAGGAUGUGAGGACACUCGAGAAAGUUAGCAGCUAGCUGAUGAACAUAGCGGAGCAUGUGUUUUGUUGCGGCUAAAAAUAUAAAUGAAUAUUUGACGCACAUUAUUUAAUAUAGAAAAUAAGUUAGCAAGUGUCAUUUUAAAUUACAGGCUGCAAACUGCUCAGAAAACAGUAAAAGCAUUACAAUAAUCAGUCUCUCCAGGAUUUUUGCUGGCUUUUAUGGGGAUUGUUGCGGUCAGAGAUACCUUCAUGGCAGCUUUGUUUUUGUUUUUUUAAUCGCGAUGCAAGGUUUUAGAGGGUUUUUGCAGUGAAAUAUUUUAAAAGUAGCUGUGAUGCUGUCUCUGAUUGGGGGCCUUUUAAAACGAGCAUUCAGUGUUUGUGAUGGUAGCUGAUUGCCGAACAUCAGCUGUUGCUGCCAUUUGAAGUAACGUCUCUGUGAGCUGCUCUCUAUGCUUGGUUAGCAUGAGCUAACACAGCAGCAGGGGCUAACACUCGACCCUGAGCCGUUAAAGGUCCCAAAAUGACUCAACCCUGUUAAUAUCCACUGGAUAACAUUUGCCAUGUGAUGCUAACAGUUAGCCCCGUCACUGUGUGUGAGACGCUGUCCCCAGUGCGGAGCUCACACUCCUGCAGCAGUUGUAUUCUCAUAAUUAACACAGACAGAGGGGCUGAGAGAAUCAAUAUUCUGCGUGCAGCUCUGCAAUGAAAUGAGAUUUUACUUGUUUUAAAUACUUAAAUCUGCGUUAAAGUUGCGCUGAUUGGACGAAAUUGCAAGGUUGUACAGAAUUCAUGGGGACUGGCUGAAUUUUGAGUUAACUGUAGAGAUCACGACAUCCUGGAGAGGCUGAUUAGUGCUGCAUAUCUUUUAAAGGACUUAACAGUUAGUCGGAGUUAAUCAAAAUGGCAGCGUGGACUAGUACAGUAUCCAAAUAGCAGGAGAUGAAGCAUUUGUUAAAGGCAAAAUAUGUGUAAAAUUAGCUUAUUACCUUCUGAAUGAAGUGUUGUGGUGCUGCAGUGACGGCCCGGCCCACAAAUCAUAUUCUGCAGACUUAAGGAAAGUCUCUGUUUGGCACAGAGCCUCACAAAACAUCACAACAUGAGAAUAAUGAUGCAAAAAUGUUGUGAAUCGUACAGUAACUGCAAUAUAUAUAUAUAUUUCCAAAUCGUUCAGCCCUAGUCUGAUGUUUUUUCACAUUUUAUAUGCUGUAGAAUAUUUAAUUAUUGGCUUAUUAGCACAUGUUUUCUACAAAGCGUCCCCCUGUCACCGAACUUCAAUGUGCCAUAAAAUCUGUAUUAAACUCUCCCGUUUACUCGUACGGACAGUCCUGAACACAUCACACAUCUUUGCAGGAGCAUAUCUGACAUGAGGCUUGAUGCUACGAGUAUAAAGAAAAGACCGUAAUGAUUUUUUUAUUUGUUCAGUGUGUUCGUGUUUGUGUCUACUGUCUUUGUUCUACCCUUGUUUGUAAAAGUGCCUUUGGCUGAGCAGUAUUGAAUCACUAUACUGUGUAUUUCAUAUUUUGCCGUGCCUCACUCAAAGAUGUUGCCAUGUUUACUCGUCUUUUACCAAAGUAAAUAAAGAGGAUCCCUUUUGUUUGGGCCGACUCUGUAUCCAUACAGUAGAUGUUUCCAUCAGCUGCGGUGCUUUAGGCUUUGGCAGCAGAGGCUGAAAUGGUUUUGAGUGUGAAAACUCUCCUGAAAGAGCUUUGACCCUCAGUUGUUAAAGUAAAGCAUCUCAUCUGUGAUCUUUGGAAGGGGCAUGUAGUCAACUGGUGUUUUUUUUUUUUCUUUCUUCAAUAAAAGCUUUGCAAUAGC